AAUUCAGGGGUUGUUUUUGUAAUUUUCACUAUAAUAAAUAAUCUGAUAAAAAGAAACAAUGUGAGAUAUUCAUAUAAGAAGGAUAGCUGAAGAAGGCGCACAUGCCUCCAUUACUGGGGAAGAAGAAAAAUCUCCGAUUCAUCUAUUCCUUUGCCCAAUAACAAAAACUCAACAAUGGAUGAAAAUGAGAGAAGAGUCCCCAAAGCACUAAUCGUUGGGGGCAGCAUAGCCGGAAUUUCCUGCGCUCAUGCUCUCUUAAAAGCCGGCUGGAAAGUUCAGGUUCUUGAAAAAUCAACCACUCCUCCUACCGGAAGUUCCACCGGCGCUGGCCUCGGCCUCGACCUUCUCUCGCAGAGCCUCGUCCAGUCCUGGCUUUCCGAUCCUCACCUUCUUCUCCACUCCACCCUCCCCCUUACGGUCGAUCAAAAUCAAGCAACUGUUGAUAGGGAAACUAAGGAGAGGUGGAUUUUAAGUAGGGAUGAGAAUUUCAAUUUUAGGGCAGCUCUUUGGGCUGACCUCCAUGGCCUUCUCUACAAUGACCUUCCACCUGAAAUAUUUCUAUGGGGUCACCAUUUCCUUUCAUUAAGCAAGUCUGAGGAUAAAUCUUGUGUGAAGAUAAGAGCUAGGGUUUUGCAAAGUGGUGAGAUUGUUGAAAUAGUUGGAGAUUUGCUUGUUGGUGCUGAUGGGUGUCUUUCUUCCGUACUUCAAACCUUCCUUCCCAACUUCCAGUUGAGAUAUUCUGGAUAUUGUGCUUGGAGAGGAGUCCUUGAUUGUUCCAAAAAUGAGAAUUCAGAGACUAUAGUUGGAAUCCGAAAGGCAUAUCCUGAACUUGGGAAAUGCUUGUAUUUUGACUUAGGAUCCGCUACUCACAUUGGGCUCUACGAGCUUCCAAAGAAAAAACUUAAUUGGAUUUGGUAUGUCAAUCAACCAGAGCCACAACUCAAGGGUAACUCGAUGACGAUGAGAGUACAAGAUGAGAUGGUGAGGAAAAUGCACGAACAAGCAGAGAAGGUUUGGGUUCCUGAGUUCGUAAAAGUUGUUAAAGAAACAAAAGAGCCUUUCAUCAAUGUCAUAUAUGAUAGAAAUUCAAUGGAACAACUAGUUUGGGAUAACGUAGUAUUGGUUGGAGAUGCAGCCCAUCCUACAACUCCUCAUGGCUUGAGAAGUACAAAUAUGUCGAUAUUAGAUGCAGCCGUUUUAGGCAAAUGCCUUGAGAAAUGGGGACCAGAGAACUUACAAUCAGCCCUUGCAGAAUAUCAAUCUGUUCGUCUGCCUGUCAGCUCAAAGCAAGUCCUGCAUUCUAGGUAUUUGGGUAGGCUGAAGCAAGGUUUAGCUCUUCCUGAUCGAGAACCCUUCGAUCCAAGGGUAGCUACACCAGAGAACUGCCUAGAACUUCAACAGAAAAACAUGCCUUUCUUCAAUGAUGUUCCUCAACUAAUAGAUACCACCAGGAAGUCUAUAGAAAAGAAUGUCUAGAAAUCCAAAGCUUAAAUGAAUUCAUGUCUUAUCAAUUCAUUAAAUCAUAAAGUCCAUUCUCUCAGACCACACCUAAUUGUAUUCAUAACAUUGUACCAUCAAGAAGUACAAUAAAUCACCUAUACGACAAAAGUCGGUCUUCAAAUUCAGCUUUGGCAUCAUUGAUCAGGAAUGAGUUUAGUUGAAA